CCUAUUCGUUGCCCAUUUACUUGGUUAACUGUAGCAGAAUAGUAUACCUGCCGAUUGACCAUUUACUAGGUCAACUGAAGCAGAACUUUACAAAAUAAUGGAUACUAAUGAUGUUAAAACUUUCCAUCAGUGUGUUGUAUGUGAUGAGAUUUUUCAACAAUAUGAUGAUUUAGAAAAACACAAUAAGAUGCAUGUUAAAGAUGAGAAAACUGAUAAUGUAGAUGAAUAUUGUCAUGUAAAAGAAGAGAAAACUGAUGAUGUAGAUGAAUAUUGUCAUGUUAAAGAAGAGAAAACUGAUGAUAUUGAAACUGUUUAUCAGUGUAAUUUAUGUGAUGAAGAAUUUAAAUCUGACAUUGAUUUAGAAAAACACUGUGAAAUACAUCUUAAAUAUGAGAACAUGGAACAGAUUUCACAAAAUAAUGAGACAAAUUCUCAAAAACAAAUCAACAUGAAGACACCCGAAAUACUUUAUAAAUGUGAUGUUUGUAGCAAAUCAUUCAAAAACACUAACAAUCUACAGAGGCACGGGUUGAUUCAUACUGGAAAUAAACCCUAUAAAUGUGAUAUUUGUAGUAAAUCAUUCACACAGAAGAGUACCUUACAGAGACACAUAAGAACGCAUACUGGAAACAUAACAUAUAAAUGUAAUGUUUGUAGUAAAUCAUUUGCAAACAGUAACAAACUGAAGCGACACGGACAGAUUCAUACUGUAGGAAACCCUUAUAAAUGUGAUGUUUGUUGGAAAUCUUAUACUGAGAAGAGUACCUUACAGAGACACAUUAGAAUUCAUACUAGUGAUAAACCUUAUAAAUGUGAUGUUUGUAGUAAAUCAUUUACUGAAAGAGCUCAUCUACGGAGACACAUGAGAAUUCCUACAGGUGUAAAACCUUUUAAAUGUAAUGCUUGUUGUAAAUUAUUCACUGAGAAUAGUGACUUACAGAGACACAUGAGAAUUCACAUUGGAAAAAAAUCAUAUAAAUGUGAUGUUUGUAGGAAAUCAUUUAGUUACAGUAUAAGUAUACUGCAACACAUGAGAAUUCAUACCAGAGAAAGACAAAAACCAUAUAAAUGUGAUGUUUGUAGUAAAUCAUUUAAUAGUAACCAGGACCGAGAUAGACACAUGAGAAUUCAUACUGGUGAAAAACCUUAUAAGUGUAAUGUUUGUAGGAAAUUGUUUUCUAGAAUUUAUUGUCUACGCAAACAUACAAGUACACAUACCGGACAAAGACCUUAUAAAUGUGAUGUUUGUAGUAAAUCAUUCACAGGGAUGCAUGAAUUACAAAGACACAUGAGAAUUCACACAGGUGAAAAGCCAUAUAAAUGUGAUGUUUGUAGUAAAUCAUUUACUCAGCUUUGUACCCAACAAAGGCACCUUCGAAUUCAUACGGAAGAAAAACUUUUUGAAUGUUACGUUUGUAGCACGUCAUUCCUAGAGAAGAGUGACUUAAAAGGACACAUGGGAAUUCAUACUGGAGAAACCUUAUGAAUGUGAUGUUUAUAGUAAAUCAUUUAGACACUAGAACACAUACGGGUGAAAACCCCCCAAAAUAUGAUGCUUUUUGGAAAUCAUUUAAUAGUAACAAAGAUAUAUUAAGACACACAGAAUAACUCAUAUUGGAGAAAACCUUAUAAAUGUGAUGUUUGUAGUAAAUCAUUUACCUUGAAGGGCAAUCUACAGACACACAUGAGAAUUCAUACAAGCAAAAAAAAAACCUUGUAAAUGUGAUGUUUGUGGUAAAUCAUUUUCUUCAAGUUGACAUCUACAGGCACACAUGAGAAUUCAUACAAGCAAAAAAAAAAACCUUGUAAAUGUGAUGUUUGUGGUAAAUCAUUUUCGAGGCAUACUACUCUACAAAACACCUGAAAAUUCAUAUUAGAGAAAAAUGUCAGAAGAAAAUGUGAAAAGUCGCAAUUAGAAAUUGUAUAAAUGUCGAGUCUCCACCUGUAAAUGUCGAGAGUCCCCACCACUUUAAAUGUCAGGAGUCACCUGUAGAAGAAACCCUGUAAAUGAGGAUUGUGGGAAUUCAAUGAUUGAUGUUUUUAUAAACUGUUAGGCCUGCUAUAUCUCAACCGUCCAACCAUGAAUAUGCCCAAAUGGACAUCAAGAUAUGAUGAAUAAUAUUCAAUUUUCCAAAAUUAUUUGACUGACUUAAUCUACCUUAAUUAGUUGACUUAAUCGUUUGUCGGACAAUUCAUCAAUGCAAUCCGGAGCAGAAGCCAUUGCUUCUCCUUUGUCGAACUAUGUAUCAAUCGAAUAAGAGUGAUUAUAAACUCAAUCUACGUGAUUAACUCGUGGUUUCUCUAUUGUUGAACAUUUUAAUCUCCUCAAUGUCAGCCUACAACAUGUAAAAACUAGUCACAUAUGUCACAUAUCCUAACUUGUCUGCGAUAUCACUUUAAAUAAAGCUUUUCCACACACACAUAUCCGAUAAAUAAUAGACAAUGCAAGCUCUGUUUCUGAUCACACGUUUAUAAUACAAUAACUGAAACAAAAGUAGAAAUCUUAGAGACACAUGAAAUUAAGAAAUGGAAUCGUGACAAUAUCGACAAGACUGAUAUUGGCGAAAAGAUUCUAUUUUGAUGGUAUUUUCUCGGAUUUAUGAUAUUUUGAAUGGGGUUUAUGUUUUUAUAUGCCCCCAUUGUCGUUGUCCUUGUCGGUCCUCCAGCAUACACUCCAGAGACUGAAGUUAAUAUCCCAUUGACUUAAAAUGUAUACACAGUGUUUAUGGUCACCAGACAAUGAAGCCUACUGAUUUGCAGCAAUUUCCAAUAAUUACUGUCAGGGUUAUCAGGGCUGGCCACGAAUAAAUUGAUGGCGAGCAGAUGACUGCUCACGCAAAUUUAGUUUUGGGCGAGCAAGGCGAGCAAUAAAAAUUGCUCACGCAAAAUGUUGUUUGCGUGAGCACACAUUUUGUUACAUUGUUUCAAUUUAAAAUCAUGAGAAAAUUGCUAUUCCUGGCACAGAGUUUGCAGUAAAUAUGUGUGACCAUCGGUUUUUGUUUUUGACAGUCAUACUCUUCUUUAAAACCAAUUUUCGUAUGGAUUUCUAAAACCCCACGACAUAAAUGUGGAUAGGACAAUCGGGUUUCCUUUGGCCAUUAUUACGCUUCGAUUGAUAAUUAUACAACUGCUCAAUGGAAUAAAAAACGAAGUUCUGAUAAAAUAAGAAAUACCGAUAAAUAUUAGUUUGAAACGUGUUCAUUUAGCGUGAAUGCCAAAUGCCGGAUGUAAACAUUCUUUACUUUAGACUCGAUUAUCACGUGUUUGUUACUGGUGUUCGUAGGAAAACCAGUCAUGACGUUCAGGUCUAAAGUUUAUUUUUAGUAACACAAGUUGCGAGUAACUUCAUUAGCCAGUCAAAUUUAAGGAGGAAAUGUCGCGUGCAGCUGGGUGAAUCUCAGUUUGACAGACGAAUUUAUGACAUAAUUGACAUUGUUGGGUUUGUUUCGGCAAUAAACUUGUCAAUAUUUUGAUUAUUUUUACAGGUUUUUCUUAAAAUUUUGG